CGGUUUUCGUCCGGCAUCUUGUUCAGUUGCUUUUAAGAUUUUGCCGAGCGAAAAAUAAUUUUUGGUGAUCCGCUGCGUUGCUCUCAUCUGCAUCGAAUUUGGCCAAAUUCCUUUUUGGGCUUACUAAAUGUCUUCGAAACUGAUAUCAUCGUCGUUCCACAGCUCGCCCCUCAACGACUGCUUCAAAGUGGGCGUGUUUGAGAGACGUUUGGAUGCACUACUCGCCGACUUGCAGAACAGCGUACCGGGGCAGCAGACACAGCCGCAGUAUGGAAUUGUCCAGUCCAAGCAGCAGCAGCAACAACAACAUUUUGUGGACAAUACGCCCGGCUAUGGCAGCCUGAGGGGCAAAGCACAACAGUCGCAGCCGCAAGUGUACCAGGAGCAUUACAGCGUGGAGACCCGGUCCCCCACUGCAGCUGAAUUCAAUGGCUCCGGCCAGCAGAGCAAUGGCUAUCAGCAUCAGGGCACUGGAUCGCUGCCACGCUCUGGCUACAGCAAUGGCCAGAAUAGUUCGGGCUUGUCGGAGCUGGACUCGCUGCUGCAGGAUCUGCAGAAUGCGCGUUACAACAACGGCGGAGUGGAGCGUAAAGAAGUGGAAGUUCCCGUUAACUACAGUACGCCCGUCUCCAAGUACAACACCUUCAACAGCUACGCCUCGGUGGAGGAUCGACCCUCUGUGGACAGCCUACUCAACGAACUGGAUAACGCUCACAUUUAUGCUGUGCCCAACGGAUCUGCACAUAAGUCGCCCACGCCUGGACGACAUGUAACUAUCACGGUGCGCGAGACUAAGACCGAAAAACUCACGGGUCCCGAUGGACCAGUUGGCACCAUCGAGGAGCAAAUCGUGCAGAAGAAGGAUUCGUACUCGCCAAAUCUUGUCGCGCCAGCGCCAGCCGUUAAACAUCAAGGCUACACAUCGCAGGCCACCAAGGAGCUGGAUGACUUAAUGGCUUCGCUAUCUGACUUUAAGGUCAGCAGCAACAGCAACAGCAACAGCAACGGUAGCAACGGAGCUUACGAUCAGCAGUACUCGACGGGACAACAACAGCAACAGCAACAGCAGCUGCAGCAUCAUCAGCAUCAGCACCAACAGCAGGUGACGGACUACGCACAGCCGAACCGGGGCACACAGCAGCAGGCGCACUUGACGCAGACGAUCGAGGAGACGACCAUAGUCGAGGACAGUCGCGAGGAUCAGUUGGAUUGUAUGCUUGGCAAUUUGCAGGCGAACAUGAGUCGUCAGGGAGUCAACACAGUGCAGAAGGGCUGCUGCAAUGCAUGCGAGAAGCCGAUUGUCGGCCAGGUGAUCACCGCCCUGGGCAAGACCUGGCAUCCGGAGCACUUCACGUGCAAUCACUGCAGCCAGGAGCUGGGCACGCGCAAUUUCUUUGAGCGCGACGGCUUCCCCUACUGCGAGCCCGACUAUCACAAUCUGUUCAGUCCGCGCUGCGCCUACUGCAACGGCGCCAUUCUGGACAAGUGCGUGACGGCACUGGACAAGACCUGGCACACCGAGCACUUCUUCUGCGCCCAGUGCGGCCAGCAGUUCGGCGAGGAUGGCUUCCAUGAGCGGGACGGCAAGCCAUAUUGCCGCAACGACUACUUCGAGAUGUUCGCGCCCAAGUGCAAUGGCUGCAACCGUGCCAUCAUGGAGAACUACAUCUCCGCCCUGAACUCGCAGUGGCAUCCCGAUUGCUUCGUCUGCCGGGAUUGCAAGAAGGCUGUGCGCGGCAAGUCCUUCUAUGCCAUGGAGGGCAAGCCGGUCUGUCCGCAGUGUGUGGGCGUCGAUGAGGAGGAAUAGGCGUCCAUAACCCAGCAACAGCAACAGCAACAGCAGAGGCAGCGGCAGCGGCAGCGGCAGCAGCGACAACUUGUUGAAGUUCAGCAACACGAAAAUAGCCCCCGUCCGGAUACGAAUUGUAUCUACAUGAAAUUGUUUACCCAGCGGCAGCUGCGUCCCACUUUCUGUCUCGCAUUCACUCUCAAUCUGUCUCUCUCCGUGUCCCAUUCUCUUUGGGGGCUAUUUUCGUUGAAAAUGUGAAAAAUCUUUUGAAUAUUGUCGGGGCUCAGCGCUUGCCACGACUUGUGUAGCCACCUGCCCCUAUCCAGCAGCAUCUACAACAGCAACAACAGCAACUCAAGGAUCUGCCCCCACGUCUUUGGCUACUGUGGGGGCCUGGACACGGCUGACCACCAGGCAACUGGGCGGGUCGGCUAUGUCCGCCCCUGCAGCACGCUUUGCCCCCUGCUAUUAUGAUGGCCUCGGCCAUGGCUUGCCUUCCCCUGCUAAGAGUAACCCCGCCCCAGUCCCUGCCCCCUUUGAAACUGUUGAACUUUUCUAUAUGCAAUUUAGUUGUAAGUUUUUAGGUAUUUUUUAAAUUUAAACAUUUAUGAAGCAAUAUUGUAAUUUGUUUUUGUAAAUAAAAUUUAAAUAAUUAAAUUAUAUUAAAAAACAAACAAAAAAUAAAAACAACAAAAAUUAACUCAAAAACAACAAUUGAAAAGUCUUGGCAAAUGGAGCUGCUCAAGGGUGGAUCUGUGGACCACGUCUAGUCCCGGUCCCACUGCUCCAAGUCCAGCCAGACCUUUGCGCAGUUCAAGAUCAGAGUCAAUAUCGCUGACCUUGAGCUGGAAUGUCGCAUGUGCCGCGACCUUCAAUUGUUGUUGUUGUUGUUGUUCAGUUGCAAA